AUGGAACUAGGAAAUGAUACACAAAUUUCAGAGUUUCUUCUUCUGGGACUUUCAGAGGAACCAGAAUUGCAGCCCCUCCUAUUUGGGCUUUUUCUCUCCAUGUACCUGGUCACUGUGUGUGGAAACCUGCUCAUCAUCCUGGCCACCAUCUCAGACUCCCACCUGCACACCCCCAUGUACUUUUUCCUCUCCAACCUGUCCUUUGCUGACAUCUGUCUCACCUCUACCACCGUCCCAAAGAUGCUGAUGAACAUCCAGACACAGAGCAAGGUCAUCACCUAUGAAGGCUGCAUCACCCAGCUGUUCUUUUUUAUAUUCUUUGCAGGGGUAGAUGACUUUCUUCUGACUGUGAUGGCCUAUGACCGGUAUAUGGCCAUCUGUCAUCCCCUGCACUACACAAUUAUCAUGAACUCAUGGCUCUGUGGACAACUUGUUCUGGCAUCCUGGAUCUUAAGUGCACUGUAUUCAUUAUUACAUAGCCUAAUGACCUUGAGGUUGUCCUUUUGUCCACAUGUGGAAAUUCCCCACUUCUACUGUGAUCUUAGUAAGCUGGUCCACCUGGCCUGCUCUGACACCUUUCUUAAUGAUAUGGUGAUCUAUUUUACAGGUGUGCUGUUGGGUGGUGGCCCCCUCACUGGGAUCCUUUACUCUUACUCUAAGAUAGUUUCCUCCAUUCGUACAAUCUCGUCAGCUCAGGAGAAGUACAAAGCCUUCUCCACCUGCGCCUCUCACCUCUCCAUUGUCUCCUUAUUUUAUUGUACACUCUUAGGUGUGUACCUUAGUCCUGGUGCUACUCACAGCUCACAGUCAAGUGCAACAGCCUCAGUGAUGUACACUGUGGUCACCCCCAUGGUGAACCCCUUCAUCUACAGUCUGAGGAAUAAAGACAUAAAGAGGGCCCUGAAAAGAUUAUUUGGGGGAAAGGUAUAUUAG